UAGGAAAAACCAGAAAAAUCAGGACAAAAAUCUGAAUCAGAAUAUUAUGAAAAACAAUAAGACAUCAUCUCCCAAGAUCAUUGAAUUAAGAAAAACACUUCAUUUAAGUUCAAACCAUAUUCCAAAACUGAGUAUCAAAAAGAGAAUCUAUUCAGGAAUGAAACCUGAAGAAUGCAAUGUAUGUCACAAUGUGUAUCUGCACUGUGGGCCUGUUCAACUACAAACUGGAGAAAAAUUCGAUGCUACUAAUGUACCUGGGAAUGCUCUCCAGAUCUGUGAGGCUCUUAAUCAACAGCACAAAAUUCAGACUGUGCAACAGGCAUUUGAACCAAUUGGAAAAGGGAAAGUCUUCAAAAGGAAAAAUAUAUUUUGUCAAUCUGAGAGGCAUUUUAUGGUAGAAAGUAAGAAGUCAACUGCCACUAUUGGCAAGACAACUCAAAUAGAACAAGAUUUCCAUAAAAAUUCUAACCUCAGUAUGCAUCAACAAAGUCCCAGAAGAGAGAAAGUUUAUGAAUAUAGUAGUUCUUUGGAACCUGUCAUUGAUCAAUCACCUCUUAAAAUAAAUCGUAGACCACAUGUAGGGAAGAAACCCUAUGCAUGUAAGCCUUGUGGAAAAUCAUUCAGUUAUAAAUUCUGCCAUGCAAUUCAUUAUGGUACUCACGUAGUGGAAAAAUCUCAUGUGUUUAAUGAACAUGGAGAAGCCACUUACCAGAAGUCACAUCUCAUAAAUCAUGAGAGAAUUCACUCAGGUGAGAAACCUUAUGAAUGUAAUGACUGUGGAAAAUCCUUUGGCCAGAAGUCACACCUCAUAAAGCAUCAGAUAAUUAACACAGGGAAUAAACUUUAUGAAUGUAAUCACUGUGGAAAAGCUUUUGGCCUUGAGUCACACCUCAUAAAUCACCAGAGAAUUCACACGGGAGAGAAACUUUAUGAAUGCAGUGACUGUGGAAAAGCCUUUCACUAUAAAUCAACCCUCAAAAAGCAUCAGAGAAUUCACACAGGGGAUAAACCUUAUGAAUGUAAUGACUGUGGAAAAUCCUUUAUGUGGAAGUCACAUCUCAUCCUACAUCAGAGAAUUCACACGGGGGAAAAACCUUAUGAAUGCAAUGACUGUGGUAAAGCCUUUGGCCACAAGCCAAACCUCAUAACUCAUCAGAAAAUUCACACAGGAGAGAAACCUUAUGAUUGCAGUGAGUGUGGGAAAGCCUUUGGCAAGAAGGCAUACCUCAUAAAUCAUCAGAGAAUUCACACAGGGGAGAAACCUUAUGAAUGCAGUGACUGUGGAAAAGCCUUUCACCGUAAAGCAACCCUCACAAAUCAUCAGAGCAUUCACAUCGGGGAGAAACCUUAUGCAUGUAAUGACUGUGGAAAAACCUUUGGCCGGAAGUCCCAUUUCAAAAAUCAUCAGAGAAUUCAUACAGCGGAUAAGCCUUAUGAAUGUAAUGACUGUGGAAAAUCCUUUAUGUGGAAGUCACAUCUCAUCCUACAUCAGAGAAUUCACACGGGGGAAAAACCUUAUGAAUGCAAUGACUGUGGUAAAGCCUUUGGCCACAAGCCAAACCUCAUAACUCAUCAGAAAAUUCACACAGGAGAGAAACCUUAUGAUUGCAGUGAGUGUGGGAAAGCCUUUGGCAAGAAGGCAUACCUCAUAAAUCAUCAGAGAAUUCACACAGGGGAGAAACCUUAUGAAUGCAGUGACUUUGGAAAAACCUUUGGCCAGAAGUCACACCUCAUAAAUCACCAGAUAAUUCACACAGGAGAGAAACCUUAUGAAUGUAAUGACUGUGGAAAAGCCUUUCUGAAGAAGUCAUCUCUCAUGCUACAUCAGAGGAGUAACACAGGGGAGAAACCCUAUGAAUGCAAUGACUGUGGGAAACCAUUUGGUCACAAAUCAAUCCUCAUAAGUCAUCAGAGAAUUCACACAGUGUAGAAAGAUUAUGAAUGUAAUGACUGGAAAAGCCUUUCUGAGUAAGUCAGCUGUAGCACCCACAUCAGAGAAUUCACACAGGGGAAAAGCCUGAUGAAUGUAAAGACUGGAAAGUCUUUACCCAUAAGUCAAACCUCAAAAGGCAUCAGAGAAGUCACACAGGGGAUAAACCUUCUGAAUGCAAUGACUUGGAAAAGCCUUUUGCCAAAAGUCAAGCCUUGUAAAUAAUUAGAGAAGCCAUACAGGAGAAACCUUAUGAAUGUAAUGACUGUGGAAAAGUUUUCUUUGCAAAUUUGUAUGCAAUUCAGAGCUCAAUGAAUAUCAAAGAAGUCACAGGAGAGAAACUUUAUGAUGGCAAUGACUGUGCAGAAGACUCUGUUCAUAUGACAAACAUCACAAAGCAUCAGAGAAUUCACAUGGGGAGAAAUGUCAUGAAUAAUGAUAGUAGAAAGCCUUUUGUUAUAAUUUUCAACUAAUAAAACAUCACAGAAUUAACAGGGAAUUUUCCACACAAUUGCCUUUUUGUGCAAGUUCCUUUUCAUUAAAUAACAGAAUCCAUUAAGGGGAGAACAAUAAGAUUAUAAUCAGUGUGGAUAUGCCUUUGGUGCCAAUUAUACCUCAUCAAGCAUAACAGAAUUCACAUGGGGAAAAUCUUAUGAAUGUAAUGACUCAAAGUCUUUUACCAUAACUUAGCCCACAUUGCACAUCAUCAAAUUCAUACAGGGAAGAAAACCUUUGAAAGUAAUCUUGUGGAAAAGCCUUUACUUAGAAGUCAUACCCCACAAGAUAUCAGAGAAUUCACAUGGGGGAGAAUUCUUAUGAAUGUAAUGAGAGUUGGAAAGGUCUGCCAAAAUCUCAGCUUACAACAUCAGAAUUCACAAAGUGGAGAUCUUAUGAAUGAAAUAAACGUGGGAAAGCUUUUUGUCAUAG